CUUCAUGCAGCACUCCAGUGCGCCGGAUGGAACCGUCUUCAUUGCCGUUGGCGCCAUCCUCGGUGCUUUUGGCCUUGGUGUUUUGCUUUGGCGCAUCAUCGUCAGCUUCCUUCUGCACCGCUCUGUUCGCCGCGCCGCCUUGGCCCAGCACGAAGCCAACAGCAAGGCCAGCUUCCCGGCACCUCCCGCGCCUUUCUACAAGUAUUCCGACCACGCCUCUCCUACUGCGCCUCCCGCCGGCAGUGGCCGCGGCGCUCGCCGUACCAACCGAAACACCAUGACGCCGUCUGCCACUCCCAGCCAGUCCAACCUGUUCUUCUCGCCUACCGCUGCUGGAGCCAAUGCUCCGGGCGGCCGUGGCUCGACCUUUUUGCCCUCUGGAUUCUACGCGGCCGGAAACUCCUCGCCUGGUGGACAGCAGGGCCCUUCCAUCAGCUUGACCAACCUGCGACCGGACUCGAUGAGCCACGCCAACGGCUCAAGGAACUCGCUCAUGGGCCCUUCGCCCCCGGACUCUCCUCACUUCUCGCCCCGAAGAGACAUGAGCAGCAGCUCUGUGAACCUCAACACCCGCCAGCCGGGCCAGCGAGCCCCGAGCGCCUACCUUGAAGACUUGCUUGCCGACGAGCCUGGAAACCUUCCUCCCCCACAGAUGCCUCCCAGUACUGGCCCGAGAGGCAGCGGCAGUCCUCGGCACAGAUAUUAAUCGCCUUGUCUAGAUUUUAUUUUUUUUAUUUUGGCGCAUCUCUAAGUAAUACUAUCCCUAUCAAUAGUAUACGUAAAAUGUUUGGGUCUUUGAUAUCAAGUAUUAAAAGACUGGGGAUUCUUGGCGUCAAUGAUGAUCAGUGUAUGAUGUUUUUAUUUCUAUCUUAUUUUUUUGGUUGGCCCUUGGAGAAGAUUUGUGUAAAGCAGGCUGGGAGGGACUUGAACUUUUUUUUCCGUCAACAGCUAGAUGGAGGAUUGUGCGGCUUUGUGAACAGCUUUGUAGCAUCGUUUUUUUGGAGCGCCAUAUUUUCGAGUAUAUAGCUUUGUUGUUUUGUAACGUCAACUGCAAUACUUAAUACAUGCCGUAAUGGGCUG